AUGGCAUCAACCGCAUUUUCGCUAGAUAUGGCAGGGAGGUCUCUCCUCGAGGAGGGGUUUUUUGAUUUGAAUGACUCAACAGUUGGCAACCGCGUCUUGGAGAUGGAAAGACGGGGUUUCCCUUACCUCACCGAAUAUGGAAUGGACUUUUGCAAGCAAUUUGCCUUUGACGAAGUAAGCGAAAUGACCCGUUUCUAUAACUACCAUCUUAUCAUCUCCAGCGAAUCCGAUCGAUCCUCGAAUCCUCCCUCGAACGGUGCAGCCUCGGACACUGGCUUAGAUACGAAGAAUUCCCUGGUCAUGUCGAAUGCUUCAGGAGGGGUGGGCCAAAAGCUGGUCGCCGUGUUCUCAUGGUGCAUCUGUGGGCCAAAGGAUCGCGAGUGGAGUAUUAUGCCCGUUCACAUCUUCACGAUUUGCCGACUACGAGGGGGAGGAGGUCCUUAUAUGAAAUAUCCCAGUCUGAGCUGGAUCAUGUGGGCUCUCAGCCCGAGGUGA